GCGCCUCGGACGUCGCAGUCUCCGAGGUUUCUGAAUUAUUCCUAUCAGUCCAUACUGCGUAUCAGGAAGCUCAUCUGCGUCCGCCCUCGCAAACGCCGUCGGAAAGGAGCCGCUCUCCUUGUUUGUUUAUUCCGCGCCACCUCCGUCGCCCCUCCCUCAUGCCUCUGCGAAACCGUGGCUGCCAACACUCCCUACAUUCAAUCCCCUCGUUCAUCUUGAAGUACACUCGCAAUUGAGCAAAAUGGAUCGGUUCCUGCGCAACUGGCGGCAGGACGCAUUGAAUCGAGGCCAGUUCGACUCGGCCGUCUACAUCGGGGACAAAGUCUUUGCGUUGACCAACAGUGACUCCGAUGCAUUCUGGCUCGCCCAGGUCCAUUUUUCGAAUACCAACUACACGCGAGCCUUGGCCCUUUUGACCCGCAAAGACCUGAUCACCCGCAGCGCCGCCUGCCGAUACCUGGCCGCGCAUUGCUACAUCAAACAGAAUCACUUCGAACAAGCACUCUCGGUGCUCGGCGAUCAUAAUCCGACUCAUCUCUUCCGCAGUAAGAACAGCCGUCGCAAAAUCCAACACCUGAACGGGCGCAGCCGUGUCAACCUGCGAAAUGGGAAAGCCGCUGCGAUGUCGCACAUGGACCCGAGUGAGGAUCGGGAACGGGACGAAUACAACAAUGUUCGAUUUGAGGCGGCCAUGUGCUACCUGCGAGGGCUGUGCUUUGCGAAGCAGAAUGCCUUUGACCGCGCCCGCGACUGCUACAAGGACGCGGUGCGCAUCGACGUGCAAUGCUUCGAGGCUUUCGACCAACUAAUGAAAAACUCGCUCAUGUCGCCGGCAGAGGAGCUGGAAUUCUUGGAAUCGCUGGACUUUGACUCGGUUGGCUGCCCGGAUGCGUCAAUUGCACAGGAGGCGGCCCAUUUCACCAAGAUGCUGUACACGACGCGAUUGUCGAAAUACUCGUCUCCCUCGAUUCUAUCCGACGCGACGGAAACUCUGUCGACACAUUACAACCUCGCCGACAAUCCCGAUAUUCUCCUUUCCCGGGCCGAGGCCCUAUACACGCAAUGCCGUUUCGCAGAGGCUCUGGAGCUGACCUCCUCGAUUUUGUCCAACUCGCAAUCUUCCACGGCGCUGACCACGGCCACCGCCCCCCAUCUGUCCGCCCAGAACCACCUGGGACACGCACCGGCGGUGUACCCAUUGCAUUUGGCGUGUCUAUAUGAAACCGGUGCUACGAACUCGCUCUUCCUCUUGUCGCACACGCUGGCGGACCACGCUCCGGAAGAGUCCUACACCUACCUAGCCAUCGGAGUCUAUUACUUGUCGGUUUCCAAGGUCGCUGAGGCACGCCGGUUCUUCUCGAAAGCGUCGCUGUUAGAUCCGCACUCCGCACCUGCAUGGAUCGGAUUUGCUCAUACCUUCGCUGCCGAGGGGGAGCAUGAUCAGGCCAUCGCUGCAUACAGCACGGCGGCCCGACUCUUCCAGGGCAGUCACCUGCCACAGCUCUUCCUUGGCAUGCAGCAUUUGGCGCUGAACAACAUGUCGCUUGCUCACGAAUAUCUGUCUGCUGCCUACGCCAUGUCGACCGGGGCCGCAUCCGGCUCUGUCACCACGAUCCCCGCCCUGCCGUCACCCGAGGGACACUCCUUGGGCGGUGACCCUUUGGUUCUCAACGAGCUUGGCGUUGUUCUAUACCAUCAAAAUCAAUUGGAAGGCGCCGUGGAGCUUUUCCGACAGGCCCUCGCCCUGGCCGGGUCGCUUCACUGCGAGCCAGGUGCAUGGGUGGCUACGCGGGCCAACAUGGGCCAUGCAUUACGUCGGAUUGGUCGGUUUGCGGAGUCUUUGAGCGAGUUUGACGAAUGUCUCCGGAUUGGCGCCGCCGGCGCCAGCAUCGGAUACAGUCCGUUCCUGGGAGGCAGCGGUGGACAUGCGUCUGGCGUUUCGGCCUCGGGGGUUGGGGGCUACGAAGAUCGUGGUCUUAUCGGAUCCCUCCACACCGCGCGCGGUCUUGUACUCCUAGAGCUGGGUCGGACAAUGGAGGCCGUCACGGCGCUCCACGAAGCUGUGCGCGUUCUAGGCGCAAGCGGCGGCGGCGACGCUGCCGGGGGCGCCGGGAUCGCCGGCACGCUCCUCUCUCGUGCUCUCGAGAUCUGGGCUCUAGAGGGCCACGGCAACGACUCGACGCCCGAAAGCGGUCGGUCUGGAUCGAGUCGAAGUUCCGCGCGCGCCGCACGAGACAAAGGAAAAGGCAAAUCCUCCCGGCGGCGGGCGCCCCCCGAGGAGUCCUACGCCGAGGAAUGGACCGACGAUGUCCCUCAGGUUGAGCACUCGCAGACCAAUACCGCGACCGGCGAAUCCGCAACGCUGGAGAAAGUUGAAAUGGAGCUAGACGACGAGGCAGACGGGCUCCUCCGUCAGGCGAUGGGUCGCACGCGCGACGGACACGGACACAGUCGAAGGCCCGGCCGGAGUCCGGAAUUCGACCUCGAUCUAGAUGAUACCCCGGCCGGCGCAGCAGGACGACAUCGCGGAUCUCGCACGGUGCGAAGUAACGCGAGAUCGUGAUGUGAUUGGGCGAUUUGAGUUGGGUUGGGUUCUCUGCAGGGCGUUUGGAUGUCUGACUGAUACCCCUGGAUCUGGAAGGUUCAUUCUUUUGAAAAGCAUGGCUGGCGUCGAUUAUUGAUUAGCUCGAGACGUGAUAUGAACAUCUUUACACCGCAUAUUCAUGUUGAUUUAUCCUAGUACCUUCCAUUGGUAGGUUAGG